AAAAAAAAAUAACUGGAGCUCCUACGAAAUUUUACGAAAGCUGCCUGCUUAAACCACGAAUUGCUUCACGCCGCAAUUCUCUGGCAGCAUUUCAACGCGGUGCUUCCAAUCAAUUCUGUUCUGAGAAACAUACAUUUUAUUUAGAAACAAGAUGGCAUUCACACCCAGGGGUCGCGGCGCUCCUCGUGGCGGCGGUGGCUUCCGAGGCGGCGAUCGCGGUGGACGCGGUGGUGGUGGCCGUGGAGGUGGCAGCUUCCGCGGUGGUGACCGUGGUGGACGUGGAGGUGGUCGUGGAGGUCCUCGCGGAGGACGCGGAGGUCCCGCAAGGGGAGGACGCGGUGGUGGCCGUGGUGGCAAGCCCGGUGCUGCUGGUGGAAAGAAGGUCAUAGUUGAGCCUCACCGUCACAAGGGUGUCUUUGUCGCCCGUGGUGGCAAGGAGGAUCUGCUUGCAACUAUCAACCUUGUCCCUGGCGAGUCCGUCUACGGCGAGAAGCGCAUUGCCGUCGAGAACAGCAACAAGGGCGACGACGACACACCCGCAACCAAGACCGAGUACCGCAUCUGGAACCCCUUCCGUAGUAAGCUGGCAGCUGGUAUCCUCGGCGGUAUGGACAACAUCUUCAUGAAGCCCGGCGCCAAGGUUCUGUACUUGGGUGCUGCUUCCGGUACCUCGGUCUCCCACGUCGCCGACCUUGUCGGUCCCACCGGCAACGUCUACGCUGUCGAGUUCAGCCACAGGUCUGGUCGUGAUCUGAUCAACAUGGCCACCAAGAGGACCAACGUCAUCCCCAUUGUUGAGGAUGCACGUCACCCCCUCAAGUACCGCAUGGUCGUGCCCAUGGUCGACUGCAUUUUUGCCGACGUUGCCCAGCCUGACCAGGCCCGUAUCGUUGCCCUGAACGCCAGCUUGUUCCUCAAGAAGGGCGGUGGCACCUGUAUCUCCAUCAAGGCCAACUGCAUCGACAGCACGGCCCCCGCAGAGGAGGUUUUCGCCUCAGAAGUCGAGAAGUUGAGGGCAGAGAAGUUCUUCCCCAAGGAGCAGCUGACACUCGAGCCGUACGAGCGUGACCACGCCAUGGUUACGGCUGUUUACCAGCAGAGGGAAUUUAUCGAAUGAUUGUGACGAAUGGCUGUGAAAGAAAAGAAAAGAAAAUACCACGGUUUCCCUGCAUCAUCUUGAGCCACACUCUGUUCAUAUAUCCUCCUUUCUUCAUUGGGGUCAUCUUGAUGAGGUGUUUCGACGGUUUGGUUGUUAGUCUCGCUUAAUCUGUGUUGUUAGUUUUUGGCUUCAGGGGAAGGCGUACCAGGCGUUUUCUGGGAUAUUCAACUACAUACUUGAACUCUGAAACUCCGCGUCCGAUUCUCUUUUUCAGUUGUCACAAGGUAUUGGAGUUUUCCACCCAUCUGCAUUGAACUUAAUGAUCCACUUGCCGGGAAGUUUGCGCGUCAUCUGCAGAU